CACAGUUCGGCAAAUCCCGACUGCACACCCCUGACCAGAUUGUCCCGAAGUCCGGCUUGUUGCUUCGGCAGGUCGGAUUAGUAAUACGUGACUUCUUACAUCAUUUCAACAUUUCAAGUUGUAGGACUCGUCGUUCGAUAUAUCGUCCAAACCACCAUGUCGAAACACCACCCCGAUUUGAUCAUGUGCCGGCGCCAGCCUGGCAUUGGUGAGUACAUCAUAAACCGAUCCGGCGGUGAUGUUGCUAAUCGUAUGAAUACUUCAGCUAUUGGCAGAUUGUGUGAGAAGUGCGAUGGUAAAUGCCCCGUCUGUGAUUCAUACGUCCGACCUGAAACACUCGUCCGGAUAUGUGACGAGUGUAAUUUUGGUACAUAUGGAGGAAGGUGUAUUAUCUGUGGAUCACCAGGUAUAUCAGAUGCGUACUACUGCGCAGAGUGCACGCGGCUAGAAAAAGACAGAGACGGAUGUCCGAAGAUCGUGAACUUGGGUGCUAGUAGGACAGACUUAUUCUAUGAGAGACGCAGAUUAGGCUUCAAGAAGAGUUAGCCUUAUACGUAGUACACUUUUUGUGCGACUGUGCAUGAGUUGCACCAGAUUUGGCGCUC